AUGGUUCAAAAUUUAUGCGUUACUUUAAUAAAACCAGGUUCUAUAGUCUCUGAGCUCCACUAUAGGCCUUAUUCAUUUUAUUGGUGGAUAUUUUCAGAUGAAAAUAAAACUUUAUUUCCGAUUAAACUGGGGCAACAGACUAAAGUUCACAUUAAUGAAGUAGACUUUAUUUUAACAAUACAAACCGGUUCUGGUAAUAGCAAAUUAAUGCCAAUGUACUGCUGUCAAAGUGGUUUGCAUGUCGUUACAGAGUCAAGUUCUAUAAAGGCUAUUUCUACAGCUUACAAGAAUCAUUUUAAUACUUCAACACGCCAUUCAGGAUAUCAAGCAAUGGGUUGGAAUAACAAAAAUAUUCUUGAAACUCUAAAAAAAGAUGUUGAUUAUAUUUCUGUUACUGUUAAUAUAGGAAACUGUAAGAUUUUUAUUUAUAGUAUGGAGUUGUCAUCACAUAAAAAAUGGUGUUAUAAAUAUUUUUUUACAAAUUGGGCUAAAUCUAAAAAUCUAAUAAUUAACUUUGAAUCUUCUUUACGUACUAUAUAUCCAAGAGGAUAUGAAUUUAGUGAAUGUGAAUUGGGUGCAUGGCAAACUAUACUAAAAGUAGCUAGUGCAACAAAUAUAACUUCUUGGUCAUAUAAAAAAUCACAGGUUAGUUCACAUACUAUUGUGAAAUCUCGCAAAUAUGCACGUAUCAAUGGUUAUGAAGCUCUUUCACUUGUAAAACUAAUAAUCCAUCAACAAAGAUUUGCAGAAGAAUAUCCUAAUGGUAUAUGUCAUACAUCUUUUAUGACUUAUCUUGAAGGUGGUCAAUAUGUAUAUCGAGAAAAUUUAGGUGGUUUAUAUUCUACAUGUAAUGACUGCAGCUAUAUGGUAUUUAAAGAUAUUGAAGUAAUAAUUUCUGCUAAUAUUAUGAAUGAAUCUUUAAAGGAAAUCAGCUCCGGCAUGGAUACCGAUAUUCCAGGAAAUCAGUUCUGGCAUGAAUACCGAUAUUCUAGAUUCCAGAUUCCAGAAAAUGCCAACACUGGCACCAACGAGGAUGCUGAUAUUCCAGGGAAAUCAGCUCCUACUUGGAUAUCAAAUCCCAUACUAAUUUCAGCUUGGGCUUUGGAUAUAUGGAUGAGUUUCGAAGUUUCGGCUUGGACUUUGGAUAUAUGGGUUUCGGCCUCCAGUUCUUGGGUGUUGGAUAGGUUUCCACUUCAGAUUUUUGAUUUGAUUUCCCCUUCGGACUUUAUUGGAUGGGCAUUUUCCAUUAUCGAAUUAGGGAUUUCCCCCUUCGGACUUUAUUGGAUGGGCGUGUAA